AUGCCUAGCGCCAUUGAUCGGUCCAAAUUUCAAGAAUCGCUCAUUCGUUUCCCUGUCGAUACCAGCUUAACGACACUCAAGCUAUUCGGCACUAAAAUACAUUCUGUGAACGGCAGCAGAAACUCCGCGAACCCAUUCCAGCCCCUGGGGGGCUUGGACACACUUUCUCUCUACAAGCCAGUCGUUCGUAUUGCCCCCCACAAUACUAUUUCUUGGCUGCCAUAUUAUUUGGCUCGGCAUAUUUACGAACUUGCCGGCGCUGUGUGGGAUGAUCAGCUUCAAGCCCGCGCCGUCAACUGCAAUAGCAAAGCUUCCACAGCACAACUUGCCGUUCAACUCCAUGGAGCCGACGGCCCCAUCCUCAAUGUGCCUGUGUCCGACCUUGUGGGUCCUGGAGUCCCUGGAAGGACAAUGAGAUCGGCGGGAACAAAUUGGUGCUUGUUUGGAGUGCAAUCGUACAACACAAGCGACCCUUACCGCUAUACUCUGGGCGGCACAAUGUUAAAGCGAGCGUACAUGGUUUUCGAUCUCGCGAAUGGGGAGAUCGCCAUUGGCAAGACCAAGUUUGACAGCGCUACACGUGAAGAUGUGGUUUAUUUCCCGAGUUACGGGGCGAAAGUUCCCGAGUCAAGCGCUGUUAGUCCAAGUCCAGGCUGGUGUUAUGAGCAUUCUUCUUCCGAGUAUUGCAGCUCAGAUCGCACCCGCCCGAUAUAUGGUGAUGACGAAGAAAGCAAAUCUCGGUUCCGUGGCGGCAUCACAAAGGGAGGUUGGAUUGCGAUCGCUGUCUGUAUGAGUGUGGUUGUGGUGAUAAUAGUUGUACUGUCUAUCCGGGCUUUCAGGAAAUGGCGUCGGAUCAAAAGAGAAGAGAAGGAACUGGCUGGGGAGCACCAAAAUGCAAUGUGCGCUGCGUAUGGUGUUAGUGGAAAGCAGACCGGUUUAACGUCACAGAGAAAGGUGGACAUCAUUCAUCACGCAAACAUGUGCACGAUGUCUCGGGAAAGCGACGAGAAUACAAUCACUUCUGGGAGACGCCAAUAA